AUGGAGGUGGAAGCGAAAGAUCCUCGCACAGGAACGCACUACCAAUUACGGUUGCUUCUCGUCGACACGGUGGGCAUGGGAUCUGAGCCGGGUGCUCGGUUACUGAGUGUCCUGCAGCAAGCGAUCAUGCGCGGCAUGCAGUUGGUCCGAUGGGGACGCCACUUUUACGAUCCUCGGAAGAAGUUCGCGCUACCACUGUACGGGCUGGAGAUCUACCCGGGAUACGCCACAUCAAUCCGUCAGUACGAGCGUGGUCUUAUGAUGUCCGUGGAGUUAAUACACCGCGUGUUGUACAAGGACACUUGCCAUCAGAUGAUGGCCGAAAUUCGUCAGCAACCGGGCUCGUACGAGAAAAACGUCGAGCGAACUUUCAUCGGAAUGGUUGUGGUGUCGACGUACAGCGAAAAGACGUACCGUAUAACCGGUGUGGAGUUUAACAUGACACCGGCCAGCACGUUCAAGCAAACGGACGGUACGGAGAUAACGUUUCUGGAGUACUUCCUGCGAACGUACAAUAUUUGCAUACGCGAUCCGUCCCAGCCACUGUUGGUAAGCAAACCGACGGCACGCCAACGACGACACGGGCUCACAGACAACCUGAUGCUGGUGCCGGAACUUAGCCGCUGGGUGGGCCUAACCGCCAACAUGCGCCAGUAUCCGAAGCUCAUGGAUGCCGUCAAAGAUUGCGUCGUUCUGGGGCCGGACAAGCGAAUCGAACGGUUGCAGGAGUUCAACCAGCGGAUUCGCGAGACACCCGCCUGCAGGGAGCUGCUCGAAUGCUGGCAGCUGAAGAUCGACGACAAGCUGACGGACAUCACUUGCCGCGUGCUGGAACCAGAGACGAUCAUCCUGAUGACGGACGGGAGGGGUGUCUCGGCUGGCCGGAGUGCCGCGUGGAACGAAGCAUUCGUGAGCAACCGCAUGUUCUUGACGUUCACGUUGGCGCGCUGGGUUGUUGUGUGUGACAUACCCGCUACGGAGGCGGCGAGCAUGUUUGUGAAACAACUGCUAAAGAGCGCGAAAAGUAUUGGGUUUAUCAUCAAUGAACCAUUGUACGUUUACACGCGAAACAUUUCAACGGCGGGUUUUGUGGAUGCUGUCUGUCAGGCGGCCAUGCUCGACCCGCAGCUGAUUAUGAUCGUCGUCCCGGACGAUCGCCCCGAGCGGUACGGUGCGAUCAAGCGAAAGUGCUGCCUGCACUACGCCGUUCCGACGCAGGUUAUCAAAAUGCACACCAUCAGACCGCACUUUGGCACCUACCGGUCUCUUGGGAACGUGGCUACGAAGGUGGCGAUACAGAUGAACUGCAAGAUAGGUGGCAUACCGUGGUUGACGUUCUCUCCGUUCCUGCGCGUCAUGUACAUCGGAUUUACCGUUUUGCGCAGUCGCAUCGACAAAUCCCAAGCGUACGGUGCGCUGGUAGCGAUGAUGCACAAUUUGCACAGCCGGAAACCGACCUUUUUCUCCGUCGACGAUCGGGUCAGCACCGGCGAGUCCGUGUACAAGUGUCUAGCAGAUAGCCUGCUGAAAGCGCUACAAUUCUACGAGAUCCAGCACGGUCCGGGGGAGUAUCCACACCACAUCAUCUUCUACCACGAUGGUGUCGACCAUCGGCAGCCCGAGCAGGGGCUCAAAAACGUGGUGGCCACGCUAAAGAACACCCUACGGGUGGUGUUCGAUAAAACGCCCUACAAUCCGCAGCUGACGGUGAUCGGAGUGGAUCGACGGAUUAAUACGCGCGUGUUCCGUGGCUACAAAAAUGCCCAACCGGGCACGAUCAUCGACGAUCACAUCAUCCUACCCGAAAGAAUCGACUUCUACCUAGUGUCGCAGGUCCCGCUGCACGGUACGGUAACGCCGACGUUAUACAACGUGGUCCACGAUGAGAGCGGGCUGACGAUGGAUCAGUUGCAGAUUCUUACCUACCGUCAGACUCACCUGUACUACAACAGGUGCUUUUCGUUGCCGAUACCGGCCGUGUGCCAGUACGCUCGAAAGCUUGCAUGGUUUACGGCGGUUCACCUGCACCAGUCGCCUCUACCGAAGCUGAAUAAUGUGCUGUACUACCUGUAG